GGUCAUCAUUCCCAACUGAAUGAAAUAUAAAAACUAGAAGAAGCAAAAUGGCAGCGAAAUACAUUGGGUUAUUUAACAAUUUUUACAAACAUGCUGUCAAUAAUUGCAUUGCAAGAGCUGCUAUUGGAACUCCACAAGCUCUGCCCAUACUGAAUAUUGUGCGGCACACAAGCUUCUUCAACAAAUUGCCUGCAGAACAUUUGUGGAAAGGUGUAACGGCGGUCAGUAAUGCUGGUAAGAAGCGCGGCAGAGGCAAGGGCACUGGAAAAAAGGUUGCCAAAGAUCUGAAUAGGGGUCAGACUAUUGGUUUUGGCAAGAAGAAUGUAGUGUGGCCCGGCCUAAACUCUCCCAUAAUAAGGGGUAAGGAAAUAGUUACCCAACAAACCCUUCCCGAGGAUCCUGAAAGAGAAAAGAAUAUUCUCAAGCUGAGAGAUUCUUUUGGAGGAUUCCGUAUGAUCAAAGUAAACCCCAUAGAUCGUGGUUGGUCAGGAUCAAAAUUGCCCGGACGCAGCAUUGGUCCUCCCGAUGCCGAAGGAGAGGAUACCUUUGAGGGAUUCGAUACUCGCGUCUUGGAAAAUAAAAUCGUUUUCAUUAUGAAGGGUAAUAUGGGAAGAACGAGAAGAUUUUCGGUUAUGAGUGUAACAGGAAAUGGAAAUGGUCUUGCUGGAUUUGCCACAGCCAAAGCACCCGAAGCCCGCACAGCCUUGAGGAAAUCCAAAAACAGAGCAGGACAAAAACUUAUGAAAUUCGAAUUGUGUGACAACCGAACAGUAUUCCAUGACUUCUACUGCGCUUUUGGAAAGACGAAGAUAUUUGUUUCCAAGAAACCCGAAGGUUAUGGUCUAGUAUGUCAUCGUGGCAUUCAGACCAUAUGCAAAGUCUUGGGUAUUCGUGAUUUGCAUGCCAAGGUUGUGGGUUCCACCAACAUUCAGCAUAUCGUAAAGGCCUUCUUCAUUGGUCUGCUCCAGCAAAGGACACACGAUCAAAUUGCCGAGGAAAAGAAACUGCAUUUAGUGGAAUUUUCCAAUGAACAAGAUGGUUUGCCCAAGGUGCGAGCUUUUGCAAAGGAAUGCCGCAAACCAGAGGAGAUAGCCAAAGAUGAAGUCAUGGACUUUACGCAAUACGUGUUGGGCGAUAAGAUUGUAUUGAAAAAGAAGAAACUAGCACCAUUCUACACCAACACCAUAGGCCACAAUUUGUACCUCAAAAAGCGGGAGCCAUUGAGAAAUCAUCAACAGGUAAAAAUUGAUAUGUUGGUAAAUGACAACAAGAUUGGAAGUUUUUUAACCAAUAAAGAGGCGAACUAGAAUUAUAAUAUUGUUACCCAUAUUCUUCCUGCUUUUUGUUAGACUAAGAUUGUUUCAAAGUCGAUUUACAACAACGAUUUACCAAAAAUAUGUGAAACUAAAUAAAAAUCAGUACACAAUAUA